ACACUGGCGAGGGUCCGUCCCCCGCGACAGGCAGUUGGGCCAACACGCCGUCGGUGGUCUGUGCAUGGCAGCUUCGGUGGAUGUGGCGACCUCGCCUCGUCCGUCACGGCCGUCGGACCCGAGUGGGCCGGAAAGGGAGAAGGGAGUUCUGCUGCGGCGCGACGGAAGCCCGGCCACCCUGUCGAUGGAAUCUCUCCAGAUCGUGUUCGACAGAAGAUGUCGGCCCGAAGGGUGUGCCGCCUUGACGACGGACAACCGAGCCAUCACCUCGGCAACCGAGCAGACCCUGGCCAGAGGCAUCGGGUCGAGUUCCGGUUGGACCAAGAUUUGGUAUCCCCCAUCGCCUCGACCACAUCAUCAGGCCAUAAACAGGCUCUAUCGAAUUGCACAAUCCUGUUAAAGGCUUUCGGCUCUCCAACCCUCGAGCAGGUCGUCAAUCGGACGCCCGGAAUACUGGCCAACCCUCUUCUGACUGCCCCACACCUGGUUACCGCGUUCCCCUCGGAUGUUCGUGUUUUGCCUCUGUCUGCCGCUGUGUGUGUGCUCGUGUUUGUCAGUGCCCAGCUAUGCACGGAACAAGGCAGUUUGUCGCUGUUAGUCGGCAAACCUUUGAACGGUCACCGACGGCUGUACAAUUAA